GGACUGGGCGCCAACGCUUUUGCUAGGCUACAAAGCAAAUAAUGAAGGCACUGCGCGCUACGAGCGUGCUGCAAAGCGACGGUUCAAACGAACGGCUCCCGAGGUCGACGCGGUGACCGCUGCACCGGCAAGAGCUUUUGGAGUCGGCGCAACGCCACCCGAAAACCGCUACGACGGCGGUGACGACGACCGCACAUAUGCAGACAGCCCGUCACUGCCGCGAGCCGAACGUGAAGGUCAGGCUGCCGAAAAUGAAGCAGGAGCUGCUGUACAGGCAGAGAUGACCAUGACAGACAUUGCAGCAUUGGAGCAACAGUGCACUGCACUAAAUGAUAACCUGUAUGCCCUGCGUGCUCAGAUUGAUCAACUGGAGUGGACUCAAGCAGCGUUCAGAGAGAGUAAAGCCAAGGUCGUCUACUACACAGGGAUGGCAACCUUUGAUAUUCUGUAUGGCAUAUUUAAAGUUGUGGAGUGCUAUGCCCCACACGGUGUGAACAACAGUCUAUCAAAAUUUCAAGAGUUUAUUCUGUUUAUAAUGAAGAUGAAGCUGAAUUUGCACAACACUGACCUUGGCUUCAGAUUUGGAGUUUCAGAGGCUACAGUGUCGCACAUUUUUGAUAAGUGGCUGUAUGUGGCAGAUUGUCGAUUGAAGCCAUACAUUUCAUGGCCAGACCGAGUCUCACUGCAGCAGACCAUGCCGCAAGCUUUCUUUGAUUCAUUUGGUGCGAAUGUGGCCACAGUAAUUGACUGUUUUGAAAUAAAAAUAGAGCGACCAUCAUCGUAUCAGGCAAGAAGUGAGACAUGGUCGCAAUACAAGCAGAGUAACACUGCUAAGUUUCUCAUUGGCAUUGCUCCUCAAGGUGUUGUCACUUUCAUCUCAGAAGGUUGAGGAGGCGCUGCAGUGAUAAGCAUAUCACAGAUCAUUGUGGCAUUCUCGAUAACCUGCGUCCUGGUGAUGUUGUGCUUGCUGACAGAGGCUUCAAUAUCUCUGAGAGUGUUGGCUUCUAUUGCGCGCGUUUGCAUGUUCCAGCGUACACAAAAGGCAAAAAACAACUGUCGGCAGAAGAAGUCUUGAGCACCAAAAAACUUGCUAACGUGCGUAUUCAUGUGGAGGGAGUGAUUGGGCUCAUACGGAAUAAGUUUACCAUCUUGAAAGGCACUCUCCCCAUUGAGUAUGUUGCCCGCCGAGAAGGUGAUGAUAGGCCGCCACUGGAUAAAAUUGUCACUGUAUGCUGUGCUUUAUCUAAUAUGUGUCCAUCAAUUGUUGCAGAGCUAAGGGAAGCCAAUGGUGAAGUGACUUCACCUACCCCAGAGCUUCAUUAGUGUGUAAUGCUUUCACAAGCCUUUGCCCGCAUUAUACUAUCGAAUACUAUUCUCGUUUGUUUUCAUGCAGUUUUUUUUAUUUCACUUCUAGCAACACGUAUGCCAG